AUGAUUUUAUAAAAAAGAGAAAAAUUUAGAUGUAGUAUUAGAAGAGAAGCCUUAGAAAAUCACUUCAAAUUGGCAAGAGAAAAAGCCCAUCAAAGCAACUCUAAUUUACAACUAAUUCAAAAGUAUGAAUAAUUAAUACAAGCUAAUGUAAUUGAUUCCGAUUUCUUUGAAGAAUCUAUCCUUCUCCUAGAAAGUACAAAUGACGAAGAUCUUAUCGUCAUCAUUCUAAGGUAUAUCGAGAAAUUCGACCUCUCAAAUCGAUCAUAACAAUUGUCUGAUGCACUCAUUAAAUAGUUAAAUAACACUAAAAUUAAUAGUUUAUAAUUUUAUCUAAUUGUAUCGAUAACCAAUAUUUUAUCAAUCCAAGACCCUGAAAUAUUCACUUAAUUUGUUUCAUUCAAAUUAUUGACAUCUGUCUCAGAGAUUCUUGAUAGUUAUACGGAAUUGGACAUAAUACCCAAUUUAUUAGAGUGUAUUUCGUGUUGGCCAUAUCAAUUUAUUAAAAUGAACUCUGACUAACAAUAGCUCUAAUUGUUAUAAUCCAUCAAAGGCGUUAAACAAUACGAUUAACUCAACUUUUAUAAAUUUCUUAUUAAAAUCACAGAAGAAAUCUAAAACGAGGAAUACCUAUUCACAUACCUUAUUAAGAAUAAAUACAUUCAGGAAGCUAUAGAGGAUUUUAAAGACGACAGAGUGUACGUUCUUGACUUUUUUAUUAAUCUAUCAUUUUUAGAGGCUGAAUAAUUAUUGCAGAUCAUAUCAUAUCAAUUUCUGUCUCCCUUAAUUUUUGAAUUAAAUAAGGAUAACAAAAUCCAAGGAGGCUUAUACAUCCUUAUUAGGAAUCUGCUCUUGUCUAAUUAUUAAAUUCGAUUGUAUUUCUAUGAUUUUAAGAUUUAUCAACACCUUUCUUAUGGCAUUUAAUAUUGUCUAGAUAGAUUGGAUAUCAGCAAUUUGGAAGAGAUUUUGAUGUGCAUAAAAUCACUACUUUAAUAAGAUGAAGUCUCUUAUGCUAAUACUAAAUAAUAGGUACUGUCUUCUGAAAUUGAACUUAUGUUGUAAAGCAUCUUUCUAUCUUUGGAGAACUAAAUAGAUAUUUUCAAAUUGACAGGUGAAAUAUUGUUCAUCUAUUAUACUGAAUUUAAAUUUAACGGAAAUCAACAAUUUAAAGAGAGACUUAAAACAUUAGAUUUGGAAGUAGAGAUAUUUGAUUCUAUAUAAAGUUAUAUUGAAUAAUUUGAUUGA